AUGGCGGACAAGAAGAUCGACUCGGGAAGUGAUGAUGGUAGUGAUGAGGGCGUGGUUGGAAAUGUUAACAAGUUUGCUGUUGUACCCCCUGGUUUUUCAGGGCGACCAAAGAAAGGCCAUCUAAUAUUUGAUGCUUGUUUUGAGUGUGGUAAUCUUGGUCGAGUCGACUACAUUACUGAAUAUGAGUAUGAUUUAUUUAUAAGACCUGAUACCUGUAAUCCCAGAUUUCGUGUCUGGUUUAACUUCACAGUUGAGAAUGUUAAACAAGACCAGAGAAUUAUUUUUAAUAUUGUGAACUUCAGUAAAACCAAGAGUCUGUACAGAGAAGGAAUGUCUCCACUAGUGAAAUCAACAACACGUCCAAGAUGGCAGAGGAUACCGGCAAAAAAUGUCUACUACUACCGAUGUCCUGAUCAUCGCAAGAAUUAUGUACUUUCGUUUGCAUUUGCUUUUGACCGUGAAGAUGAUGUGUACCAGUUUUCUUAUUGUUUUCCAUACUCGUACACAAGACAGCAAACGUACCUUGAUACGUUGGAAAAACGUGAUACAGAUUACUUCACUAGAGAGCUUUUAUGUCUGAGUGUGCAACAACGACGUCUAGAUCUUCUUACCAUCACAUCACCAGAUAACUUGGAUCCUGAGAUUGUGAAAAGAGUUAUUUUCAUCACUGCUAGGGUCCAUCCUGGAGAAACUCCUGCUUCGUUCGUCUGUCAAGGUAUCAUUGAUUUCUUGGUCAGUAAUCAUCCGAUAGCUAAAGUUUUGAGAGACCACAUAGUGUUCAAGAUCAUACCAAUGUUGAAUCCAGAUGGUGUAUAUCUGGGAAAUUAUAGAUGUUCCUUGAUGGGUUUUGAUUUAAAUCGGCACUGGCAGGAGCCAUCACCUUGGGCACAUCCUACAUUACAUGCCACUAAACAAAUGCUUGUGGAAUUGGACUCUGAUCCGAAAAGUGAUUUAGAUUUUUAUAUUGAUGUGCAUGCCCACUCUACUCUUAUGAAUGGGUUCAUGUAUGGUAAUGUGUACGAUGACAUGGAACGCUAUGAAAGACAAGCUAUAUUCCCAAAACUACUUUGUGCAAAUGCUGAUGACUUUUCUAUGGGUAAUACAUCUUUUAAUCGUGAUGCAGUGAAAGCCGGAACAGCUCGUCGUUUCCUGGGUGGCAUACUUGAUGAGAGCUCUCAUUGUUAUACACUAGAAGUAUCUUUUUUUUGUUAUACAACAAGUACGACAAGUGCUCUACUGCCAUACACUGAAGAAGGCUAUAUGAAAUUAGGUCGCAAUUUAGCCAAAACGUUCUUGGAUUAUUACAAAUUGACAUCAUUAAUCACACCUAAGCCCACUGCAAGCAUUAAUAUGCAACAGGUCAAAGAUAAGAUCCAACAACGUCGUAGAGAGUGGGCUAAUUCACGACGUUCCUCCACUAACAUGCCCAGACGAUCAUCACGACCUCAUGCCAGUGAUUCUUCGGAAGGGGCAAGAGAAGAUCCCUAAAUCCAAAAAACACAGACAGUCACAAGAAAACUUUAGAGGAUCACAUCAGUCAAGCAUGUCAAUGGAUGGAAAUGGUCGUAACUACAGUUGGCAAAAAGGGAGCGAUAGUGAUUCUACAAUACACUUUAGGUUACAGCACCGAGAAAAGAGAUAAUAGUUGUCGAUAAUACUGCCAUGUACAAUCAACAGUUAACUGCUGCAGGUGAAAUAUCAAG